AUGAACGGCCAGCGUCCAGCGCCGCUGCAUCCGCCCGCCGCUACACCAUCGCCACCAUCUCCGGCGGUGCAGCCAUCGCGCAUUCGAUCUCCAACGCUCCGACUCCGCCGCGCUGCGACGACGCUGGGCCGCUUGAAAGACGCGGCCCAGCCAAUCGCUGCCGCAACGCGAAGUGCGCUCAUGGAGCCGGGCAUCACGCUCGCGCUCUUUGGCGCAGCGCUUGCACUCAUCCCACCUUUCAUUGUGCUACUCGCUCCCUUCAUGCUUCUGCUGCUUCCGCUGCUGCUUCCGCUGGGCACUACACUCUCGGCGAUCGGUCUUCUGCGCGCCGCAACUGUGGCCAGCCUCUCACCGCCCAGACGCCCUCCCAGCGGCGCGUCCUCAAGCGCCGCCACCCUCUCGCCCUCGAGCGUGAUGGAUACUCCCCGUGGCAGCACAACCCCCGGCGAUCCCGACGGCGGCUCGCUCUCCAGGCUGGGUGAGGUUACAGCUCAGCGCGGCGAAGCUCUGGUGAUGCAGGUGGCGGGCGCACUCAAGGCGAGCGUGCACCGCGCCACCAAUGAGGUCAAGAGUGAGCUCGACAUCCAGUUGGCCGCGCUUCAGGAGGAGCUACAGAGCUGGGUUGGCGCAAACUCCAACCUGCGGCCGCACGCCGAGGGCCAGAUUGGCUGGCUGGCGCGCACCCAAGCGGCGGACGUGGCAAAAGAGCUCGACUGCACCGUGGACUUUCGGGAACUGUACGGCUCACUGCCGCCGGUGAACGAGCCCCUCACCAUCGAGGCGAUCGAGACGCUCCUGCCACUCCCGACGCCGGACGCGAACUGUUCGUGGCGCGCCCUCCGCUACCUGAUCGUGCCGGGCCUGUUGACAAAGUGGUACCCGAUGUACAUGGCGCAGCUGUGCUCCGACUUCAAGCGGCUCGGCUUGCGCUUCGUUUUCUCGGCCAUCGACACUGACCAGUCCGUGCGCGAGAAUGCGGGGCGGCUACGCCACGAGGUGUUGGAGCUCGCGGCGACGGCGGAGGGCGAGGGCCGCGUGGUGCUGCUCUGCCACUCCAAGGGCGGCUGCGACGCGACGGCCGCGCUGACGCUCUUCCCGGAGCUCCUGCCAUGCAUCGCAGCGGUCGUGACGAUGCAGUCGCCGCACUCUGGUUCGGCGGUCGCUCACGACCUGGCGCACACCGAGGUGCAGCGCUCGAUCGCCAUGAGCGCCCUCGAGAAGUUGCUGCGUGGCUCAAAGCAUGCGGUGCUGGACCUGUCAUACGAGAACCGGCGCGCGUUCCUCGAUCAGCACCCCUACCCGUCGGGGGCCGUGCCCACCAUUUGCUUCGCAUCCUGCGAGAAGCCGCCGCGUUCCCGCCGCGGCGAGAAGCGGCCGUCCUCGCUUCUCAAGCCCACGAUUGACUAUUUGGCGCUGCGCUACGGCGAGUGGUCGGAUGGAUGCGUGUGUCAAGUCGACGCCACGCUACCGGGCUGCCGCGCCGUCUUCCUCGACGACAUCGAUCAUUUUGGCCCAGCGUGGCGCUCAUGGCCCGCCACCGACUCUUACGACCCGGCACGCCUAUGGCUCACCGCCGUCUCUCUCGCGGUGACUGCGAAUCCUAACAGAUCCUAA